AUGUCACCACCGCUGGCCAUGAUAUUUCUCGGUGUCGAAGAGAUCGUAUUGGCACACCAAUCUAGUGUCCUCACAAAAUGGAAGCUACAAACACAGGAGUUUGACACGAUUUGCUGGAAUCAUCCGGACAACCGUAGUGACUACAGACCAAACUCCUUUCCGCACACGAUCAUUCCGACACAAGCCCCAUCUCAAGCAGCAUUUCUCGUUACCUCUGACGAGGUAUUUGUCGCUGUCGGCUAUCGUUCACAUCCAGUUCUCAUCCUGAGCAUCUUCGAGUUCCGUCUGGUUAGUAUUUGCGCCACCAAAUUCGACAGCAAGGGAGUCAAUGACCUCAUCUUCAACCCUGACCCGGAAUUUCGUACCCUAAUGGCAGCCUUUGAGGACGGUAGUCUCUGUCUUUGA